UGAAAUAAACACAUGCAAAUACACAAACUACAACACAUAAUCUGGGGAACGUAACAGCCAUAAUCAGCUCGCACUGUAUUCUGGCUGGUCAGGUCGGAAUUCACCAUUCCAGCGUGGUGAUCAUCACCUCCACAUUAAAAUUCACCAUUCCAGCGUGGUGAUCAUCACCUCCACGUUAAAAUUCACCCUUUUAAACAUUUGGACAGCAGUCCUAACUUUUCUGGAAGAAAAUAUGCACUGCAAAAAAAGUCCCUUUCUCUCUCCCUCCUUGACCGCUCUCCCUCCUCCUCUCCCCCCACUUCCGCUCCCUUCCCUGUCCCUCCAUGUCCUACUCUGUUCUUCCUCAGGUCUGGAUGAUGAGCUGCUUCAGCAGCAGUUGCGGAGGCCAGGGUCAGGGCUGGCUAAGGGCCAGGUAGAUUUUAGUACCAAGACCCCCCACGUCAUCCUCACCUUAAGGCCCAGCGACAGGGUCGACAACCCAGGCAAGAUGACCCGCAAGAAGAGGGCCACCGCAGACACCACCACCUGCUCCAGGAACUCUGACGUGGACUGCUGUCUGCGAUCUCUCUACAUCGACUUCCGCCAGGACCUGGACUGGAAGUGGAUCCAUGAGCCGAAGGGCUACAAGGGCUGCCCAUACCUCUGGAGUGCUGACAACCACUACAACAUGAUCCUGCCGCUGUUUAACAAGCUGAACCCUGAGGCGUCGGCAUCUCCGUGCUGCGUACCUCAGGACCUGGAGCCUCUGACCAUCGUGUACAUCAUGGGCCGAACGCCCAAGGUAAAGCAGCUCUCCAACAUGGUGGUCAGGUCCUGCAGGUGCCGCUGACGCAGGAGCCCAGCGGCGGGCCAGGAGGAGGGACAUUGACCAAAACUAACUACCACUUUUGGUCCUCAAACAAAAAGGACAUACUGACCAUCUCUAGAUAGUCAACCCUUCAUUUCACUAUGACACAUUUUACACAGUCUGGCACAGAUUAUUUGUUUUUUCACACGCAUGAAACUCUGAAAAUCGUCAUCAGCAAUGGGUCUUUUCCCCACUGUCAUAAAGGUAGAGAAUAUUGUAAAUAUUGAAUUCCUUAGCUUUCAAAAUCUGAUAAAGUUUUUCGAUUGGAAAUAUGUGUUCUUGUUGCAGAAGACUCUGAUCUCUACCAAGUUGACUGAAGGGCCCAGUAACUCUGUCACUUAAGAUCUGUGCAUAUAUACUGAAGGGAGAUGAUUUUGAUUUGA